ACUCUCACUCUAUUCCUAUUCCUAUUCCUGCCCCAACUCUCUCCUUGCAAUUUCUGUUCUGUUACAACCUUUCUCUUUUCUUCUGUUGUCUUCUCUUUUUUCUUUCCUCAAUACCCACGCAACGCAAAGUUCCCUCUUCUCUCUUUCCUUUAAUUUUUCACUAUCAUUCCUUCCCACUCGCUCUUCCCUCGACGCUCUUCCUCCUCAUUGCUCAUGGCCUCCACGACGUCGUUUUCUCUCUCUCACGCUGUUGUUCCCUUCUCCUGCAACACAAAGCAUGGUCAUUUAUCUCACAACCGCCACUAUCUCUCCCUCGCAAAACCCAUUUCCCUGAAGCCCCUCCGAUCGCCUUCCUUCAAUAAAAGACACUCUUUUGCAAAUGGGUUUCAGACAAUUCGGAGAAAUUCCUCACCUUUCACCGUUCGCUGUGAAGCUUCAAGUGGAAGGAUUACGCAGCAAGAGUUCACAGAGAUGGCGUGGCAGGCAAUAGUUUCGUCGCCGGAGGUGGCCAAAGAGAACAAGCAUCAGAUAGUAGAGACAGAGCACUUGAUGAAGGCUUUGUUGGAGCAGAAGAAUGGGCUUGCUCGCAGGAUCUUUUCGAAGGUUGGGGUGGAUAACACUCGCCUUCUAGAAGCUACUGAUAAGUACAUUCAGCGGCAACCCAAGGUUCUAGGGGAAUCAUCUGGUUCAAUGUUGGGCCGUGAUUUGGAGGCAUUGAUUCAGAGAGCUAGGGACCACAAGAAAAAGUAUGGGGAUUCAUUUGUUUCAGUUGAGCACUUGGUUCUUGCUUUUACCCAAGAUCAACGAUUUGGGAAGCAAUUCUUUAGAGAUUUUCAAAUAUCUGAGCCUGCUCUAAAAUCUGCAAUAGAGUCUGUUAGGGGACGUCAGUCAGUUAUUGAUCAAGAUCCUGAAGGGAAGUAUGAAGCCUUGGAAAAAUAUGGAAAAGAUUUGACCGCAAUGGCAAAAGCUGGAAAACUCGACCCAGUCAUAGGAAGAGAUGAUGAAAUACGAAGGUGCAUCCAAAUUCUCUCCAGGAGGACAAAGAACAAUCCCGUGCUAAUCGGUGAACCUGGUGUUGGAAAGACUGCUAUUUCUGAAGGACUGGCUCAGAGAAUAGUGCACGGAGAUGUUCCUCAAGCUUUGAUGAACCGUAGGCUUAUAUCUCUCGAUAUGGGAGCACUUAUUGCUGGAGCGAAGUACCGGGGAGAAUUCGAGGAUAGGCUGAAAGCUGUACUAAAAGAAGUGACAGAAUCUGAUGGUCAGACUAUCCUUUUCAUUGACGAGAUUCAUACAGUUGUUGGGGCAGGAGCUACAAAUGGCGCUAUGGAUGCUGGUAAUCUCUUAAAACCUAUGCUUGGUCGGGGUGAGUUGCGAUGUAUUGGUGCAACAACACUGGACGAGUAUCGGAAGUAUAUUGAGAAGGACCCAGCACUAGAACGCCGUUUCCAGCAAGUUUAUGUUGACCAACCUACAGUUGAAGAUACAAUUUCAAUACUGAGGGGACUGCGGGAAAGGUAUGAACUACAUCAUGGAGUCCGAAUUUCUGACAGUGCACUUGUGGAAGCUGCAAUUCUCUCAGAUAGAUAUAUCAGUGGAAGAUUUUUGCCUGACAAAGCUAUUGACCUGGUUGAUGAGGCGGCUGCAAAACUGAAAAUGGAAAUCACUUCUAAACCUACUGCACUUGAUGAGAUCAACAGAUCAGUCCUGAAACUAGAGAUGGAGAGACUCUCUCUCAUGAAUGAUACAGAUAAGGCUUCUAAAGAUAGGCUGAAUCGUCUUGAGGCAGAGCUUUCUCUCUUAAAAGAGAAACAGGCUGAGCUGACUGAACAGUGGGAGCAUGAAAAGUCUGUAAUGACUCGUAUUCAAUCAAUCAAAGAAGAGAUAGACAGAGUGAAUCUUGAGAUCCAACAGGCUGAGCGGGAGUAUGAUCUUAAUCGUGCUGCUGAAUUAAAGUAUGGCAGUCUUAACUCCUUGCAACGGCAACUUGAAAGUGCAGAGAAGGAGUUAGACGAAUAUAUGAACUCUGGGAAGUCUAUGCUGAGAGAGGAAGUUACGGGAAAUGAUAUUGCUGAAAUUGUAAGCAAGUGGACUGGUAUCCCUGUUUCAAAACUUCAACAAUCAGAGAGGGAGAAGUUGUUGUAUUUAGAGGAAGUGCUUCAUAAGCGUGUUGUUGGCCAAGACCCUGCAGUUAAGGCAGUUGCUGAGGCUAUCCAACGUUCAAGAGCAGGUCUUUCAGAUCCUCAUCGUCCAAUUGCCAGCUUCAUGUUUAUGGGACCUACAGGUGUAGGAAAGACGGAGCUGGCUAAGGCACUUGCAGCCUACUUGUUCAACACUGAAGAAGCUCUUGUACGAAUUGAUAUGAGUGAGUACAUGGAAAAACAUGCUGUUUCAAGAUUGAUUGGGGCUCCACCUGGAUAUGUUGGGUACGAAGAAGGAGGGCAACUUACUGAGAUAGUUCGCCGCAGACCAUAUGCUGUUAUUUUGUUUGAUGAGAUUGAGAAGGCACACGCUGAUGUCUUCAAUGUAUUCCUUCAAAUUUUGGAUGAUGGAAGAGUAACCGACUCACAAGGUCGCACAGUAAGUUUUACCAACACUGUUAUCAUUAUGACCUCAAAUGUUGGAUCACAGUACAUCUUGAACACAGAUGAUGACACCACGCCGAAAGAGUUGGCUUAUGAAACCAUAAAACAGCGCGUAAUGGAUGCUGCAAGAUCCAUCUUUCGCCCUGAGUUUAUGAAUAGAGUUGACGAAUAUAUUGUUUUCCAGCCUCUAGACCGUGAACAAAUAAGUAGCAUUGUCAGAUUACAGCUGGAGCGUGUGCAAAAGAGAAUUGCAGAUCGCAAGAUGAAAAUCCAAGUGACGGAUGCUGCUGUUCAACUUCUUGGAAGUUUAGGGUAUGACCCCAACUAUGGCGCUAGGCCAGUCAAGCGAGUGAUUCAGCAGAAUGUGGAGAAUGAACUCGCCAAGGGUAUUCUCAGAGGAGAGUUUAAGGAAGAGGAUGCAAUUCUAAUAGACACUGAACUCACAGCAUUUACCAACGGCCAACUUCCCCAGCAAAAGCUUGUUUUUAAGAAACUUGCAGCUGAUUCAGAAUCUACCCCUCAAGGCACCUUGGAACCCUUCCCACAGGCCCCAUGAAUUCCUUCUACUUACUCUAUAUUUUUCCUUCACACACAAAUUUGAGCAUACAGUUUCCUUAUACCAAUUGAACAAUGAUGCCGGUGUAGUUUGCAUCUAAUAUAUAUUUUCUAUUACCAAUACGAAUAACAUUUGUCACUCGAAAACAGUGUAAAUAUAUAUUUUUACCUCUGUUGAGUGAGUCGCGUUCUGCAUAUUUAACCUGGUAAUGUAGAUGAGCCAGGCUGAGCUUAUUUCAGUAAUAUUGAGUUGGAUUAAUUCCAGCUUGGUUAAAAAUUAAUGCUUGGCUAUGAGAAGCAUUAAACUGUUCCUGCUGGAAAGAUACAAGCAAUAAGGCUGUAUUUGAUUCAA